GCAAUGGUCAUCCACUUUGGCUCUUUCCCACUGUGCCCUCAAUUUUGAACCGUAUGGCUCUGGAACAGACCAGAUAUCCACACACCAGCCUACCUCGCCGACCCAAAAGAGUAGGGCGUACACAUGUUGCUGCUGUGCUCAUCCUCUCUGCUUCAAUCCAAUCCAGUGAAGCCCCACAGAGCUGCCUCUUUGGUUACUGAGAGUGUAAAUUUGCAAGCCCACAAACCAAAGUCCAUCCCUACUACCAUUCCCACCAGGCAAUCCUGGGUGUCCUUCUGUUCUCCCACUUACCUGGGGAAAGGCCUGGUGUUUCCACCUCAUCCUACCCCUGAAUUGGGCCUCCUUUCUCUCUGGUUCGUCCUCUCCCUGGCCUUUGCUGCAGUUUUCUCCUUGGCUGUUAUUUCCAUCCCAACUAUGAGCGCUUUUAGAAGACUGGCAGUUUCUAUGGAUGGGUUGCUCAGAGUAGUCAAAGAAGAGGUUCCUGGAACCUUGUUUUCCCUAAGACUGUCAGCACUCGAGAUUAACGAUUUGACCCACCAGCUGACCAAUCUCAGGUAUUCACUUUCUCCAUCUCCCUUUGCUUCCUUAUCUCUAUUGACUAGUAGGUAGUUCCUCAAACUUCUAAAUUUUCUGUCUUGCAUUUCAUUUUUCAAGGCAAAAGUUAUCUGGAAACAAGGGCAGAAACAAUUAGCCUACUUCCUUCCACAGCUUGACUUGUUGAAAUGGUUUCACUAUAUUGUAAUUUGCAAUUGGUUCCAUAUGAUGCUUUCACUUCCAACCUCAUUUGUAAAUCCCCAUUAUAUGCCAUAACCACCUCUACAUAACUUCUUACUGGUUCAUGUCCAACACCUUGAAUCACAAAGUUUGGGUGAGUUUUCUU